GGUUCUAAAAAAUUCCGCGGCCCAAGUACAAUUGUACACGUACAAGCCAGGUGGCGGGAUUUAAUUGGAUAUCGACGUGGCUUUGGUGGAAAUAGAGGUGUGCACACGGAAAAAAAAAGAGACUGGGGAGAAGAAACACUUUGCACGGUGCGAGGAGAUGGCGAGCUCAGUGACACUGCUUCUAUGGAGUCUUCUUCUUCUCGGAACCCUAAGCGCUAUUCAGGCCAAAAAGUCUAAAGAAAACGUAAAGGAGAUCACACACAAGGUUUAUUUCGAUGUCGAAAUUGAUGGAAAAGCAGCUGGUCGUAUUGUCAUGGGUCUAUUUGGCAAGACAGUUCCCAAAACUGUCGAGAAUUUCCGAGCUCUAUGCACAGGGGAGAAAGGGAUAGGAGAAUCCAUCUAUGGUGAGACGUUUGCUGAUGAGAACUUCAAACUCAAGCAUACUGGUCCAGGGUUCCUAUCAAUGGCAAACGCCGGUCAAGACACCAACGGAUCACAGUUUUUCAUCACAACUGUAACAACUAGCUGGUUGGAUGGGCGGCAUGUGGUAUUCGGGAAGGUAGUGACGGGAAUGGACGUGGUGUACAAAAUCGAAGCUGAAGGAAAUCAGAGUGGAACUCCUAAGAGUAAAGUGGUGAUCGUGGACAGUGGUGAACUUCCUCUGUAACUCAGCUCUCAUUCCUCUGUAACUCAGCUCUCAUGGAGUUUUCUCCAUCUGAUCCUCCAUUGAUGUGAGCUCUAGUGCUUGAUGACUUUUGUGUUAAAACGGAUCUCUUAAUCAAUGAAAGAUUCUACC